UUAUGCCUUGACUUACCUUAGACUUUCAGAGCCACUAAUUCGCGCGGGCCAAUUUGUUAUAAAGUGAUUCGAUCAUUUGUUAGAUAAUUAUAACUUUAAAACUGUCAAUCAAAGUGUACGUUUAAAUUUGAAAACUAUUAUCAAAUUUGAACCAGUGAAUUUUUAAAAGAAAACACAAAAUCUAGUGAAAGUUUUAUUCAAAGUUGAAUUAUUAAAUCCUUCAUCAUUAAAAGAUCUAACAAAAGUCAAAUGAAGCAACUGGAAAGAAAGAGGGAGGUUUGACAGUCUGAAAGGACUGGGAGUGAAAGAAAAUAAUGGUGUUUUUUACGAGGAAUAUAAUUUUAACUUCACCAUGGGCAUUCAUCGCACUAGUUUUCCUCCUAUUGGGAACUUCUAGUUCUACAGCUAUUCACAAGGCAGACCGAGAUCACUGUAACAAAACAGUGGACAUCUACGAGGAUGUAUCAAGUCCAGCUGUGACUUCAGCUACAUGGGGAAAGCCUUUAACAUGUUCGUAUCGGUUUAAGGCGAUUCGUGGAACACCUAGAGACUGGAUUCUCCGAGUACGUUUUAAAAAAUUCAAAGUUGGAGUACUUGCUAAUGCUACCCACUGUCUUGGAGGCUAUUUACAAAUAAUCGAUGGUAAUACGAAGACGCUAGUAAGUAACCGGAAGGCCCCUGGUGUCUUUUGUGGCGAGUCUGAACAACCCCAGACUUUCAUAUCUGAGACAAGUUUCGUCAAAGUCCUCUUUCAUGCAGAUAAUUUUACAGACCAGACUUACUUCAGCUUUGAUUCAAGAGCUGAGCAGCAAUUUGAGGUUUAUCUACGGUAUGGUCAACAUCCUGAACUCUAUCCUAAUCGUCGAGGCAUGGUAGUACCAGGGAGUUACUGUGAGCGAGAUUUCAAAGAUUGUCGACUUCAGACAUGCUAUGUACAGAGCCCUGCAUAUCCUGGAAUCUAUCCUCGAGCGUUGCACUGCAAAUAUAGACUUAAUACCAGACAACCCUUCAUCAAGUUGUAUAUUGAAAAUGAGGAAUUCAACAUAGAUGGUCAGCGAUGUGAGAACAUCAUGACCUGUCCAAUGCGACCAAUAAGUUCUGGAUCCCAACACUGCCCUUACGACUACAUUCGAGUAUACGAUGGUAAAAAUGAAACAGCACCGGUUAUUGGAACUUUUUGUGGAAUGGGUAAAUUUCCGUACAGUAUCAUUGGAACAAGUGCUGAUUUAUACGUUGAGUUUGUCUCAUCGCCAGCAGGACCACUUCUGAAUACUGGAUUCCAUUUUAACGUGGGAAAUUGGCCAGCACAUGUUGAGACAGCUGGAGUGAAAAAUGGUAGCUGUGAUUGGCUUUUAAGUAGUGAAUCACUGACAACUGGAAGUGAAGGUAUUUUUCUAUCAGUAGCACAUUGGUAUCCCCCUCACACUAGCUGUACAUAUCUGCUACGAGGUCGACCUGGAGAAAUAGCGCGACUUUAUUUUCCCAGUUUCCGGGUCAAUAGAAUUGAAUCACCCAUUUUACCGUAUGAUGGUGAUUGCGGUGAGAGUCUCACUUUGUAUGACGCUAAUUGGCCAGAUGACGCAAGAAUUAUUAAGACAUUCUGCGACACCUUUAGUAAACCCAUGGAGAAACACGACUUUGUGUCAACUUCUAAUUCAAUGUUUGUGAGAUUUGAAAGCAAAACUGGUAGCUAUUCAGGUAGUUCUCUUUAUUACUGGGCACAUUAUGACUUUUUUAACGCGACGAGAUUUGGUGAGCCAGUACCUAAUACAGAGUGUGAUGAAGUUUUUGCCUCUUGGAAGACCCAAUCGGGUCGACUACGGUCUCCUCUGAAUACUCUAUUGUACAAACGUCUUGGUGACCCACCAAAUGAUUUAUCAUGUACCUACACAUUCUUGACAGAUAAGAGACUUUUUGCUAGAGUAAUUUUGACUAUUGAAUCAGUAAGUUUCAAGGAUAAUCCCUAUGCUCAGUGUAAUCAUUGUUGGGACAGUCGUGCUGAUAAGAUAAUUGUGCGAGAACCAAAUCCAGAAGCUGGAAAAGGUCAUUGUCUGUGUAAAUUAUCACCUCUAGCAUCUCCACUUAAGAUAGUUUCACGAGGAGAAAAACUAGAACUAAAGUUUUUCGUAGAUGGAAGUCAUGCCGCACCUAGUUACUUCAAACAAUCAUCAGCACUCUUCCAAGCUAGAUACGAGUUUGUUCACAGUCCACUUUGUGGUGCAGCUCUCUUACCACCUACAACGGACGGGGAGAUUGAGUUUCCUAGUUAUGAGGCACUUAGUUACGUCACUCCUCCACGGUCGAUCAAGUGCAUUUGGGAGCUGAGAGUCAAUCCGGACAAGGAUUUGUGGCUACACUUUGAUAAGAUUAAAUUUGCAUCACGUUCCUGCGAAGAUGGCAAGCUCGAAAUAUUCCUGGCAGGCACAAUGGAACCCUACUUGUCUAUCUGUGGUGAAAAUGUCAGUUAUGUCCGAGAAAUGCCGAUAUUUUCAGCAACACAAUUGGGUCAACCUAGAGUACCCGACGGCGAACCUCCACCAGUUGUUAUACAAUUGACUGGAUCGAUGGCACCGGCAAGAGUAGCGUUCAAAAUAGCAUGGACAGAACUCUUUCGUCUACCAAGAGAUAGCAGUGGUCAACUCAAUACUCAAAAGCUUGAAGAAUGUGGAUUUCAAUGUCCUGGCAAUACAGGAUGUGUACCGGAGCGCCUUCUUUGUAAUGGAGUUGUCAAUUGUCCAACAACCAAUUUACCCUUGGGUACUUUAAACGCCAGUUUGUAUGAACCUGACGACGAAUCCAUUGAGACAUGUGGAGGACCCAUGACUGGCACCAAUGGAGGUGUUGUUGGAGCAGCAGGAUGGGCUGGUGCAGGUUUGGGUGCUGGUUUGGCCAUUAUCGUCGCUCUUACAUGUCUUGUGGCCGUUUGUCGAUUCUGUCGACGUCGGUCUCGUUCAAGAGAUAUUCAUGUACCAUACUAGUGCUCUCUAAACCAAUGUGUUCGCCGAGGAUAAUCCCUUGGACAGUUCCAGUUACCGUGAUACAAUCGUUGAUUAAUCCACUUUCAUACUAUGUUGCUGUACAUAUCUUUCUUUAAUGAUGAGUAUACAAUACAUAUAUACUUGACAAAGAUACAAUCAGUGAGUGAAUAAUUUGAUGAUUGAGUAGUUUAACAUUAUCCGAGUGAUACAACGACAUAAUAUACUGUGAAUAAAUAUAUGUAUGAAAAUCUAAUAUUCUGAACAUUAUAAAUAUUCAAGAAAAAUCUUUAGCUAUUUCUGUCUGGAGAAUGAUAACGGCAAGUAAAAUGAAAUUCCGUCGAGGAAGAUAAGAUUCUAAUAAAUCAAUUUUAGAGUAGUAGAAGCUGUAAUUUAAAUUUUCACCAGGCAACGAAAUGUUUCAUAAUAUUUAAAGUGGGCGGACUCCGACAAUAAAUCAGACACCGCCAAUAAUUCAAGUAAGUAAUUAAUAAAACAAAUAAACUAUUGAAUUUUAAAAAAUAUACAUACAUAAAAUAUGAUUAAUCUCUUGAACAAAAAUAAAAAAAAAUGAGCAAAAAAAAAACAAAACUUGUAUUGGAAAUUUUCCUGCUUGUACAUAAUUCCCCUUGCAAAAUUGAAUUAUAGAAAUUUACUGGUCACGAUGAAAAAAAUGAGUAAUUAGAUUUCUCAUCAAAGCUGUUAAAUAAAUUUUGCGAGAAAUUAAUUAU